AUGACCAGCCCAAACUCUCCACCGAUCUUCCUCCUCAAGACCAAAUCCUCCCCGCACGACGGCUACGACGAAUUCUUCUCCGCCCACAACUACACCCCAACCUUCGUCCCCGUUCUUUCACACAACUUCCACCAUGAAAACCUAGCACAAAUAAAAGCACUCUUUGAGAGCGGGCGUCUGAAUCCAGGCUCUGGGCGAAAAUAUGGCGGGCUGAUCUUCACAUCGCAGCGCGCCGUUGAGGCAUUUGCGGAUAUGCUCGCGGGUCUUGAUCAAUCCCUCACAGCAACAGCCUCCCACUCGCUCCCCCUCUACACCGUCGGCCCCGCAACAGCCCGCUCCCUAACCACCCUCCGAGACACCCAUCUCCCCCACGCAACAAUCCACGGCGCAGACACCGGAAACGGGGAGAACCUCGCUACGCUCAUACUAGACCACUACAACGGUCUUUUCACCGCCCCAGCUACUUCUAUAUCCGGAGACGAUGUGAAAAGGCGGAAACCGCCCCUCCUCUUCCUCGUCGGCGAGACGAGGCGGGACAUCAUACCCCGCACGCUCAUGGGAGAAUCUACGCCUGUCUUGAGGAGGAUAGAGGUUGAGGAGGUGGUUGUGUAUGAAACAGGUGUUGUGGCUGGGUUUGAGGGGGAAUUUGAGAGAAUCUUGAAGAGACAUGAUGAUACUACGGGAGUAGUUUGGGCUGUUGUGUUUUCACCAACGGGAUGCGACGCUAUGGUGAGAGUUUUAAGGCGCGAGGAGGAAACCAAGAGGCAGGAAAGGGCAGAGAGGAAAGUGUUUGUUGCGACGAUCGGGCCGACGACGAGGGAUCAUUUAGUCAAGGAGUGUGGCUUUCAGCCAGAUGUCUGUGCAGCGAAGCCAUCGCCGGAGGGGGUUGGAGAGGGGAUUGCGGAGUUUCUGAAGAGCCUGGACCGGCAUUAA